UUGCUUACUUUCGUUUUAUUUAGUUUUAGAUUGUCUCAGCUGGAAAUUUAAUUACUAGAUUUUAGUAAUUUUUUUUUUAAUUUUAUGUUUUGAUUUAAUUUUGUUUUAUGUUCGUUGUUAAUUUGAUAGUUUUGUGACUUGUUUGAUCGUUUUAGGUUCAUGGUUUAACAUUUGGGAUUGAUUAUCUGCAUCAAUAACGUAAAAUUGAAAACCCUAAUUUGCAAAGAAGUUCAAUUUGGCCAAAAUUAUCCUACAGUUAAUCAAUAUAGCAGCUGAAAUAAGCAGGGGCCAAACAUUGUGGAGCUGCUAAGUGAAGUUGAGUUUGGAGGCAUACCCCAUAGGAUUUGAUCUUUGGAAUUGGUGAAUAAGCUGUCUUGAACAGGAUUAGGACUGAACUGUGGACCCUAAAGUGAACGGAGCUAAGAUAAUGGAUCGCAGAGAUCACCCGUCCUGCCAAGGGCAGAUAGCUCGUAUUCUGGUAGAUUUUCUGGAAGUGGCUAUCACUUCCGUUGUUUUCCACAAAGGUGUUUACCCUUCUGGAGCAUUUGAAAGACGAAGGUACAUGAAUUUAGUGGUUCAUAAAGCAAAGCACCCUGAACUCCAAGAAUACAUACAUUCUUCUGUUAAUGGACUCCUUCCUUUCCUAGAAAAGGGUUUAAUCGAAAGAGUAGCAGUUGUAUUCUUUGAUUAUGAGAGUACUCCAUUGGAAAGAUAUAAUUUCAAGCUUCAAGUAAACCAGUCUUAUGGUAAAGAAGUGGUAGAAGAUGAUCUCAGAUUCUCUCUUCGAUCAUUUCUUGUCAAGCUCUCUUUGUCAAAGGACCUUUCUGGGGUUCUUCCAAGGGAUUGCAGGUGGGAAAUAACUGCUUUUUUCCGUGCUGAAGCUCAGAUUAGUACAAACAAUGCUGUAAAGCUAUGGAUCCCAUCAGACGCAAAGCAAUGGCAGCAAGCUCCACUGAUAACUCCUUUAAAGUCCAUGAGUUCUGAACCUCUAGGUUUACAGUUGUAUAUGGAGCAUCCUACAUUGCCUGAGCAAAAAGGUUGAUUUUGUAGUAAUUUCUAGCUUAUACCGAGGUACAUGAUCUGUCCUCUCCCAACAUAUCUUAGACCCGGCUCAAGUCAAGGUCAAAUCUUAUGUGACUAAUUCUGGUCAUGAUCUUCAGAAAGUUACCUCCAGUUUCUGGUAUGCUGGUUUGUUACUGCUGUUAAAGAGCACAUUGCUUAUAAUUACUUGUACGGAUGUGGCGAAUUAUCAAUAACCCUAAGCUAAACUGAUGUUAUCAAAAGUGAAACAAGAUUAGAUUAUACUUAGAAAGCUUCAAUUAGCGUAAGAGGGCUCGUAGCUGGAUGAAUUCGUGGAGGAGCUAUUUUCAACCACUUCUUAUGUUGCUUCAAUAAGUUUAGGGUUAAAACUACGGCUGGAGUAAUAAGCUGAACGAAUCCAACAACUUGAAAGGAAUCUAACCCGAAAUGAGCGGGUUUAGGGUUGGGAUCUUGAAUAUCAAAUAAAUUAUUUGAUCCUUUCAUUAAAGCCUGUUUUGGUCCAUGUUGGUGUGGCUGUAAGUAUUUAUACUUAUAUAUUUGUGUAAAUCAGAAUGAGUUUGGUGGUUAUUGAAUGAAGAUGUUUUUUCUCAUUAUAGUUUA